GAAUAUUAUCCAUCAUUUGCUAACCAAAUCGUCCAGAGGCUGGCAGUUUAGUUGGCAAAAGGUUUGAACGAGAGAGAGAGAGAGUAAGAAAGUGAACGGAAAUGAGGGUCGGAGGAGUUUUGGCUUUGUUCCUUUUUCUGGCGUCGGUCGAUGCCCAGCACCUCUUUCUGGCUGGCGGCGGACUCACGGCAGAAUCCUAUUUCUUCUGGAACCGUCUCAUCUUGUUUGCUGGCGGUAGGGGCCAAGCCAAAAUCGGCGUCAUAACGGCCGCAAGGGAUGAUCCGGAAGAAGCUUCUAAAGAGUUAAAGACCAUAUUAAUGAAUCAUGGGGCUCGUCAAGUGACUUGGAUUCCGGUUACUGGGUCGGUGGAGGACAGUGCCAACAACGAAACUAUAGCCAACAUGAUCGUGAAACAGUCGGCCAUUUUCAUUGAUGAUGGAGAUGUACAUCGACUCGUCCGUGUCCUUAGAAAUGCUGAUGGAACCGAUACCAUUGUAUUGGCUGCGUUGAGAGAGAAAUUCCAACGUGGAGUCAUCAGCGGCAGCGGAGCUGGUUCUGCCGCUUUAUCUGGCACACCACUACCCGUUUCUGGACAUAGUUACGAAACACUGGUACACGGUACCAGAGUUCAUUCUGAACAAGCAUCUGCUGGUCGACGUGGACACAAACGGAACUUUGCCGGAUGCUUUUACUUGACUAGCGGACUUGGUUUCUUGCGCUCUUGGCUAAUUGAGCCACAUUUUAAUGAGCACUCUCUGCACGGCAGAACCAUUCGUCUCCUCUUGGAUACGCGUGGAACGGCGAAUACAUAUGGUCUGGGAAUCGAUCGAGAAAUGGCGUUAGCCAUCUACCGUGUAGGUUCUGAACAAGAAUACGCAGAGGUUCUCGGGAAUAAGGGAGGAAUUACCAUAAUCGAUCCCACCAAAGCCAAUUAUGCAACAUCACCCAAACUUCACAUUUCAGGAGUUCAAAUAACUUUCCUCACUGAGGAUGAUAAGAUCCUUUUGGGAACAGAGGAAGUGCUUCCUGCCACAUGGAAAUCUGAUUUGUCUGGAGAAGAGUGGCAUGUUCUGGCCGCACCAAGUGACGACAUCUUUUCAGCUAACAAAGACGGAACCAAGGGAAAUUUCAACCAUGUAGCCAAACGACUCUUUGAUUCGCAAUUAAGCAAGAAGGUGUCAUCAGUGACAUGGCAAAGUUCACCUCAAUUCGUAGUUGACAUGGACAGUCGUUCCGGUGAAUCUUUCCACAACGAUUCGCCAUCGACUUCGCAACAUCUCAUCUCCUAUGCUCGAUUGUCAGUUUCAAUUUCAACAAAAGCCUAAGCAACUUUGAAACUAUUAAAAUCGAUCCCUAUUUUGGAACUUGCUACUAUGAGGACGAAGUCAUUGAAGAUAAAAAAAAGGAUAAGUUUGAAGGGGUCUAUAGAAUUUGUAUGCUCCUGUGUAGUCGGAAGCCCGUAGAGUGUAUGUCCACGUGCAAUAUACUACUUCCUUGAUCAAUUUGUACGUCAGCCAAACAAGAUUAAAGUUGUACCACUGA